UUACUUGGGCAUUAUAGAUUCAAACAAUCAGUUCACAGAUGGUACAAUAGCCCAUUUCCGAAUUACCCUUGGCCUAAUUUUCAAAACGAGUCCUGGUUCUCAUCCUUUCAUAUGAUAAUAAGUUUUCAUUCACAUGCAAAUUAAACUCAAUUUCACAAGAUUGGUUGAGCACAAGGCCUCGUUUUGAAAAAGAUGCCAAGGGUAAGUCGGAAGUGGGGUAUCAAAACUCUUUUUCCUAUUUCUCUCACUUCAUGCAAUUCAGGAGAAUUUUCUUGCCUGUUUGACGAAACUUGGGGCCGCUGUAGGGAAAAACAGAUAUUAGAAAGAAAAUGGGCAACAAUCAGACUUUUACAAAACCUCAUCCUGGAACUUGUUGGUCAAGCGUGUUUGCACCGGUUGGUCCUAUCAAAGAGCCGCUGCCCAUGUUGGCGUGCUUGUUCGUCGCUGCCCUUGGUCUCUUUGGCGUGUUACUGUCCAGGAGAGUAACCGAGGGAGGCAAGUUUCUGUACUCUACUUUGUUCGGCUAUGGCAUCGCUAGUUUCUGCUUCCAUUGGAAUUUGUGGGAAGGUUUCUACCGAGUCCUUGACGUCCAACUGAACUUCCUCCAGGCCAUCAACAUUGUCUACAUGAGUUGCAUCCCUAAAGGAGAAAAUUUAUUUUACAAGGUAUCCUCGUACUUGCUGAUCAUGUUUUUCUCUAUCUACCCGUUCUUUGCUCAUGUUUUGGGAAUUACUCUAAAGAAAUCCUGGAUCUCUUGGAUCACGUUUGAUGGGAUUUGGAUAUUCGUUUUGAUCGGGUUAAUGAUCAUUUGGUUCCAACGGGACCACUUAGGAACGCCAAAACACCCAAGCCGACAAGCAAUGUUCAAUCUUGUGUGGAAAACCAUCUUCUCGGUAAUGUCGGCGUACCUCUUCUGGAUCCUUGAUGAGGUGGUAUGUGUGUUAUUCGAUAACCACCGUUUCGUCAUCGUCAUCUUUGGACACACUCUUUGGCAUGUGUUCAUUGGGUUCGGCUUUUACUACCUGACGACCCUCAUAGUCUUCUUACUAGCUGAAGACCUGCGUGUUUACCCUAAAGUCCUCACCUGGCCCAAGAACAAGCCUUUCUUUGUCUUCGUUGUGGUGCAAUACGAACACUAUGAUCUGAUGAGUAAGGCCGAAACAACAUCAAAGAAGGAACAUUAAUUGUACGUGUAUUGUUAUGGUAAGUGCCCGUUGUUUCUCUCAAGGUAGAAAUCCUUCGAUGUUGUUAAAAAAUAGAAUCAGUGUAAUUGGUUUAGCCUAAUUUCAUCAUUUAUGCGAGCUCGAUUUACGAUCAAGCCAAUGGAUGGCGAUUGUUUUCCAAAGGAACUAAGUCACAGAGUCGUUUAGGAGUGAAGCUCUUAUCUUCUUUUAGAAAAUAGGACUAAAUAUGCAUGCAUCAUUUUGUUCUUGCACCUGGUAACUUUGAUUCAACAAAAGGAUGGAUAAGUAUGGCUUUUGGUGAUUAUCGUCGACGAGUUAAUCUCUUCUUGUCCCCUUUACAGUACUCAGUAACAUUAGCUAAACGCCGAUUUCCAAACGGAUUCUGCUUCAAAUUCCGAAAGUUCGCCUUCUGUUCACACGUCUCCACGAACAAAGCCUCUCCCCAAUUUGAAAGCCUCCCACUCAGAGCCAUUUCGUAUUUAAGCCUCUGAGGGCUUAUAUUUGGAAACUAAUUUUAUUCAAACGAAACUAGCCACCAUAUUGGAACUUUAUGAGAAAAGUCCGACAUGACUUUUCACACGGUGCAUUUCUAGCUAUUUCUAUUAACUAUAAAGUAUAGUGUGAAUGAGGUGCUCUUGGUGCCGAGGCGGCUCUCUCAAACUGUUAGACUUAACGUAGGUAGUAAACUACAGUAAUCUAUUUUGAUUCUUUUUUUGUAAUCAAUAGUUUCUCUAUUUUGGUAAUAAAGUGUAGCUGUUGUUGUC